CAACCCACUGCCUAUUUCUCGCCGUCGCGUCCGAAACUCCAAAACUCCCCAAAACAGGAACAGGCGAUCAUCGGGCGAGCGGAACCAGAAUCAAUGGCGAUGGUGACCGCGAAGCUGAGCUCCCCGGCCGCGAGCUGGCUCACCGGCGGCCGCACCCACCGAUCCGCGCCGACCCGCCGCGCCACGCUGGUCCGCGCCGCCGCCGGCUCCUACGCCGACGAGCUCGUCUCCACCGCGAAAUCUGUUGCUUCCCCUGGGCGUGGGAUCCUAGCGAUUGAUGAGUCGAAUGCAACGUGCGGAAAGAGAUUGGCAUCCAUUGGUUUGGACAACACAGAGGUUAAUCGCCAGGCUUACAGGCAGCUUUUGCUUACAACUGCUGGUCUUGGCGAAUAUAUUUCUGGUGCUAUUCUUUUCGAGGAAACUCUAUAUCAAUCGACUACAGAUGGCAAGACAUUUGUUGACUGCUUGAAGGACCAGAAUAUCAUGCCUGGUAUCAAGGUUGACAAGGGUCUGGUUCCACUUCCUGGGUCCAACAACGAAUCCUGGUGUCAAGGUCUCGAUGGUUUGGCUUCAAGGUGUGCUGAGUACUACAAGCAGGGGGCACGUUUUGCGAAGUGGCGGACUGUUGUUAGCAUCCCUUGUGGUCCCACUGCAUUAGCUGUCAAGGAAGCAGCAUGGGGACUUGCUCGCUAUGCUGCUAUCGCUCAGGACAAUGGUUUAGUGCCAAUUGUGGAGCCAGAGAUCCUUCUUGAUGGUGACCACGGGAUUGAGAGAACUCUUGAGGUUGCAGAGAAAGUGUGGUCUGAGGUCUUCUUCUACCUGGCCGAAAACAAUGUUCUGUUUGAGGGUAUCCUGCUGAAGCCCAGCAUGGUCACCCCUGGAGCUGAACACAAGGAGAAGGCUUCCCCAGAAGCCAUUGCGAAGAACACCCUUACAAUGCUGAGGAGGAGAGUGCCACCUGCUGUCCCUGGAAUCAUGUUCCUUUCUGGCGGGCAGUCGGAGUUGGAGGCAACCAUGAACCUGAACGCGAUGAACCUAUCCCCUAACCCGUGGCACGUGUCCUUCUCCUACGCCCGGGCUCUCCAGAACUCGGUGCUCAAGACAUGGCAGGGACGCCCCGAGAACAUUGAGGCGGCGCAGAAGGCCCUGCUGGUGCGCGCCAAGGCCAACUCGCUCGCGCAGCUCGGUAGCUACACGGGCGAGGGCGAGAGCGACGAGGCCAAGAAAGGCAUGUUCCAGAAGGGCUACACCUACUAAUCAAAAUCAGGCAGCAAAGGUUUCCAUGUGAUAUAUAUGCACAUCCACAUCAUUUUGCGCCACGGUUUUUUGAACAUCGGAGUGAAUAAUUCGAUCGCCAGUGUGCUGGUGAGGCGUUGCCAACGACUGUUAGCUUUAUUAGCAGCGGAGAAAACCCUAUAUAGUUGUCGAUGCGUUUGUUCUGAGAAAAUGUUUUUACUGUAUGCAAUAUUACUCUGAGAAAAGCUGAUAGAUAAAAUAUCUCUUGUCAGUUGUCA